CGAGCCAGUGUAUUUUGUACAUACCAUUCACUUUCUCAUUAACGGCUUAAGAACUUUCUGAGGCGAUACACAACGUAUUCUCGCACAUCAAACGUCAAUUUGAAGAUCUCUAAGAUUCCGUUGUAUCCUUGCGAAUAGUUGCCUUGGAUUCAAGAUCACCUUUACAUCAUGUCCUGGAUCACCAGAGGACUCAAUGACGACGGAUUCGUCCAAGACACGCCAAACGGGCAAACUCCAUCAGUUCCAGCACUCGCUACCCAUCACGGCGAGCUCUGGUGCUUGUGGAGUGAUCCUUCUGGUCUCCUCUUCUAUGCCAGAGGAGACAACAAUGUUUUCCAGCCUCGACUCCAGUUUCCAGACCAGGGAAUCCCGGUGAUUGCCGAACUUUCGGGUCAGCUGCACGCCAUUAUCGUCAGAGAUAACGGAGAGAUGGCACAUUAUGUCUUCAGUGACGUUGAUCAGCUUUGGACGACGCCAGCAAUCCUUGAUCCGAGAGCAGGAUUCAUUGCCCAUUCUACACCGGCAUUUGUAGCUUUCCACAAUAAGCUAUUCCUCGUUUUCGUGCAAGACAAUAAUCUCUAUUACUCAAUCUGGGCUGUGAACCCACAAGACGAGACUACAACAUGGACUCCGGUCCAAGACGUUAGCGGUAUCAAACAAGUCAGCGGUAUUCCAGCUCUUUUCGUCUUAGACGGUACACUCCACGUGCUUUGCAGCUCCAACGAUGAAUCACGAGAGAUUCUUUGCUUUGCAUAUGAUGUACCAUCCAGUAUCUGGAACUCGGCCUCGGACAUAAGCGAAGGCCGUGCAGCAACUGGUGUCUCUGCGACUUCGUAUGGAGACAGUGCCUUCCUCGCUUUCCAAGAGAAUGGGCCUGAUGAUGAAAGUCACACUAUUUACAUUAGCGAGUACAAGGAUGGGAAAUGGGCACCUCAAGAAGCCGUUGCUGGUCAGACAUCGACUUCUCCUCCUCAACUUGCUGUUCUGAAUGGAAGAAUCAAUUGUAUCUUCAAUGCAAAUGACGCAGCUAUGGAUCUUCGUUGGUAUUCUCGGGCCUUAUUGGAUUUCUCGUUGAGUUCUUGGAUGGGAGGUAUUCCAGAUGAUACGUUGUUGUCCGAUAUCACUGUUCCAGGAACGCAUGAUACUUGUGCCAUGAGCAACAUCCCAUUCGUCCGAACGCAGUAUUUGAACGUGAAGCAACAGAUGGAAGCUGGAUUGAGGUUCUUGGAUCUCAGAUGCAGAGUCCACCCCGAUGGACAGCUAUACAUGUAUCAUGGAGGGAUCCCCAUAAACUUCCCAAAAUACCUAAAGUUCGACGAUGUGAUGCAAGAGGUCUUCACAUUCUUCCUAACCCACCACCCAACACCAACCGAGACAGUCCUAGUCUCCAUAAACAACGACGACACCGCCCAAACCCCCGCCAACACCCCCUCAAUCUUCUACCAAGCAGUAGCAACCCACAUCGCCAACACGCCCCUCUACCCCGACGGCACAUCCCGCUGGCUCACCUCCCCCACAACCAGCACCCUCGGCCUCGCCCGCGGCAAAGCCGUUCUCCUCCGACGCUACCAACCGGACCCUACCCUCUCCCCCUCCUCACAAAUCGGCCUCGACCUCUCAGGCUGGCUAAACAACAACCCAGACUUCACGCUCCUGUCCCCGGCCGGCGUACAAUUCACCCUGCAAGACCACUGGCAAUACAGCGACAUCCAACCUUUGGCCCAACUCAUCGAAUCGAAAUUCUCCUACGUGUCUAACAUGCUGUCCAAAGCCGCGUCUUCCUCGCCCGAGCACUGGUUUCUGAAUUUCACGUCCGCGGUCGGGGAUCCGGUCGAGAAGGGCGAGGUGGCGGAGAGUCAUUGGAUUGCCGUUGGGGCGCAUAGUGGGUUCAUUGGGAAGUUUGUGCAGGGGAUGAAUGUGACGACCAGACGGAGCUUUGAUUGGGGUGCGGGGACGGAGAGGGAGGGUGGGAGGAAGAGGUACGGUGUCAUUGCGAUGGAUUAUCCUGAGUUGCCGAAGGACUCGGAUUUGAUUGCUUGGCUUAUAGGUACAAAUUUCUAGGGUUCUGGGAUUGUCGAGAGUGUAUCGUGCAAGGUCUUGCACAUACCUGAGAAAUAAGAGAUGAGGUAGCAAGUUCUUCUGUGUCUGCCACUUAUGUAAAUUUCAGUCAAAUGGUGUCAAGAACAGAUAGCUUAAUCACCAAAAACAAUAAUGAGCUACCCAACUACACUUCGACAAUGGUGACCGAGUCCUGCCAAUGCAAGAGCACACAUCCAAAAACCGUUCUUCACAUCGCGGCUUUUUCCUCUUCAUCAUCUCUGAACACACGAACCCUCUCAACAAAGUCAAACUCAUGGUCAUUUCUGCAUGGUUUUAGAUUCGCUAUGU